CUCUAUUCAUCCGCAAUGCCUUCACUCGCAAUCGCACGCUCAGCAAACAGCGCCGCGCUCUCCGCGCUGGCCCACAUCCCCGUCGCCAUUUUCGUCGGCGGCACCUCCGGCAUCGGACGAGCCACCGCGGAGGCCUUCGCGCGCCACACCAGAGGCAACGCGCACAUCAUCCUCAUCGGGCGCAACAAGGCUGCUGGUGACGCCGUCCUCGCGUCGUUCCCCAAGCCUCCCGCCGCGGCGACGCACGAGUUCGUCGCGUGCGACGUCUCGCGAAUGCGCAACAUCCACGCGGUGACGUCCGCGCUCGUCGCGCGCCUACCGAAGGUCAACUACCUCGUGCUCUCCCCCGGGCUGCUCAACUUUAAGGGGCGCGACGAGACGGACGAGGGCAUCGACCGUCGGCUCGGGCUGCACUACUACGCGCGGUGGAAGUUCACGUACGACCUGCUGCCCCUCCUGCGGAAGGCGAAGGACGCGGGCGAGGACGCGCGGGUGCUCUCGGUGCUCGGCGCUGGGUACGGCAUGGAGGCCGACUUGGAUGACUUGGGCCUCAAGAAGAACUACAGCCUCCUGCAGGCGGGGAGAACGUCUCCGACGUACACCGACAUGAUGAUGGAGUCCUUCGCGGAGCAGCAUCCCGACAUCGCCUUCGUGCACGCGAAUCCCGGGGGCGUGCGCACGUCCCUGCUGGAGCACGCAUACCCCUCUUUGAGGAGGCUUUCCAGGGCGUUUGACCUCCUGAUGUACCCCUUCACCAAAUCUGCCGAGGAUUGCGGGGAAUUCAUGCUGUACGCACUCCUGCAGAGCAGCGGCGGCGCGUCACGGCGAGGCGACAAGGGUGAGGAUAUCGGCAAGUGGAGAUACUUUGGAUCGAACGAGACGAGGAAAGCGGUCUGGGAACACAGCAAGGCAGAGAUGGACCGAGCUCUGGCUAUCUCGGAAUGAGGUUUAGUGGCGGAGGGGUCGAGCAUUUCAUAUCUGUAAGCUAUUGUACAUGAGCGACCGUUCGUAUAGUAAUCGAGAGUCCACGCGCACCG